UCAUUACAAGAGAGAAGAUGACAGGUGAGCAAGACAUGUGAGGUUUGAAUGAAUCAGAUUGCCUAUUUUCACAGCCCCUAUUUGGAAGGUGCUAUGAUGGAAGUCUUUUUUCUAGAUGUCUGACCUCAGGAAGAUAUUUAAUUUUCCAAAACUCAGUGCCUUCAUGCGUAAAGUGAAAGUAGCAGCAGUUCCCACUUCAUUAUGUCGCUGUGAGUAUUAAAUGAGAUAAUCCUUGGAAAGUGGUGAGCAUAGUGCCUGGUUCACUAUAAGCUUUCAGUAAAUAGUGGCUGCUGUUAUGAUUUCUAAGAGUUUUCAACUUCAUAUUUUAAAUUGUAAAAAAUCAUGUUUUAAAACUGGAAUUCCAUUUAAAAAAUUUAAUAAAAUAAGCACAAUUCUUUGACAAUAUGGAACAAAGUAAAAGCUAUUAAAAUGGUAAGACUGGAGUUAUAAAAAUCCCUGUUUCCUCUUGUAGAUUAUGGUUCCAUUCAGUUUAACUCAGCAGAAUUUGUCAAACAACUCUGAUUCGCCGGCGACCAUGGCACUGAAUACAACUUGCACGAACUGGCUGGCUGCAGAGGCUGCCCUGGAGAAGUACUACCUUCCCAUUUUUUACGGGGUUGAGUUCAUUGUGGGGCUCCUCGGGAAUACUACUGUUGUUUUCGGCUACCUCUUCUGUCUGAAGAACUGGAACAGCAGUAACAUCUAUCUCUUUAACCUCUCCAUCUCUGACCUGGCUUUUUUGUGCACCCUUCCCAUGCUGAUGAGAAGUUACGCCCACGGGAAAUGGAUGUACGCGGACGUGCUCUGCGUGAUCAACCGGUAUGUGCUUUACGCCAACCUCUAUUCCAGCAUUCUGUUCCUCACGUUCAUCAGCAUCGAUCGGUACCUGCUCAUGAAGUAUCCCUUCCGGGAACACUUUCUGCAAAAGAAAGAGUUUGCUGUCUUAACCUCUUUGGCCAUCUGGAUUUUGGUAACCUUAGAGCUAUUGCCUAUGCUUUCUCUGAUAAACCCUGUCACAGAUGACAACAACACCAAGUGCAAUGAUUAUGCAAGUUCUGGGAAGCCCAGAGACAACCUCAAUUACAGCCUGUGUCUAACCUUCUUAGGGUUCCUCAUCCCCCUUUUAGUGAUGUGCUUCUUCUAUUUUAAGAUUGCUCUUUUCCUGAAGCAGAGGAGCAGGCAGGUGGCGACUUCUUUGCCCUUAGAGAAGCCUCUCCACCUCAUCAUCAUGGCGGUUGUGAUCUUCUCUGUGCUCUUCACGCCCUACCACAUCAUGCGGAACGUGAGGAUCGCUUCCCGCCUGGGGAACUGGACGCAGCACCAGUGCACCCAGGCCAUCAUCAGCACCUUCUACAUUGUGACCCGGCCUGUGGCCUUUCUGAACAGUGUAAUCAACCCUGUCUUCUAUUUCCUCAUGGGAGAUCACUUCAGGGAGAUGCUGAUGAGUAAACUGAGGCACCUCUUCAAAUCCCUUACAUCCUUUAGAAGAUGAGCUAACGGGCUGAUGUUUUCAUUCAGGGAAAUGGGAGGUGCUCGUGUAACAGAGUGUUAUACACAUGCAGCUAUAAGCCAGCUAGAAUUUUAUUCAACGCAUAGACAUAAACCAGAGAGGGCCACUUCAUUGCUCCUGUUUUAAAGACAUGUACCCAGCGUAUGUGAAAAGAAGAGGAUGGGAAGUCUUCACUGGUUUCUUCACCUAAGAUUUGAAAGGAGUUGGACGAGCACUGUCUAACGUUUGAGCAUUUAAGUCCAAAAUCUUAGGUGUUAUAAGGACAUGGUCAAUCAGUGUAAAAGGACUGGAAGGUUAAUAAAACAGAAAGUUGUCUGCAUUUAAUCCAGAUUGUAAAAAAAAAUUGCAUUGGCAACAUUCUGUGUGUUGUUCUUAUGCAUACGAUCCUGUAAGUUUAUGUGAGAACUGAGUAACAGAAGAUUAACAUGCAUGAUUAAAUGUUGUUGUUAGCAGCUGUGCUCUUGAGCAAGUUUAAAGCAAACGGUAACAGCAACAAGCAAGAAAGAAUAUAAUGAGUUCAAGGAUGCUUGUAAGAUAUUUCUUUAUAUUGAUCAUGAAUUUGGGUCCAGUUUUAAUUAUAAGUCCUUUUUUUGUUUUUAGUGCAAAGAAUCAUGUCAAAUAGACCCUAAAGAGAGAAUUCAACAAAGAGAGAGGCAUGUCUGAGCUUGGCUCUGAGGGGUUUAAGUGUAAAGGAUUUUAUGAAAAUACUAGACAGAGAUACGAAGGAGAGUUACAAAACCCUCAGAGUUACAGAACACAAAGUGUCUAUGAGGAAGCCCAAAGCAAGACAAAACAAAACAAAACAAAAUGAGUAUGUUGUUUUUAUGAUGAUUGUACCAUCUAGUGCUUUAUUAUCACAAUUUUAUUUUUGGUGCAUGGAAAUAUAUUAAGUUCCUUGGCCUUCCUGCUCUUGACUACAUAGUAAACUUUAAAAUAUAUAAAUAUCAUCAAAACAGCAAACAAAAGGAAAUGAAAUGUAAUAGCAAAAUUUGUUGGGUUAAUUUUCCCUUUUGGAAGGAAGUCACACACAGUUUCUCCCCCAUACACAGUUUUUCUAGUGAGCAAUAGGUACUUUACAAGGACAAAUUUGUCUUAGAGAGAGUGACUCGCAUCUGGAGUGAAGCUCGUUUCCAUUGAACAUUAUAUAUGACCAUUGGAGGAAAUGUUCUAAACAAGAUGCACUUCAUGAAAGUGUGGAACACAAGGAAUAUUUAUGUGCAUAUAAAUGUAGAUUAUCAGAGGAGGGUUAGUUAGACACCAUUCUAUGCCACAAACCAAACUAAGGAAAACAAAAACCAAGUGCAGCAUUAGCUUUUUAACGUCAAAUGACUAUCAUAUAAUAAUUCACUUACUAUAUGCAAUAAAAUGGGUCUGUGGCCACUUGUCUACGCUCCUUUUCUUGAGGUCAUUAUCUUUAGCAUGAAAGAUAAAACAAACAUGCGCAAAGACAUGGAAGUCCAUUGUCCUUCCCGUCUGAGAUAAUAUUCCUGUUCUGGUGAUAUCAUAUUCUGAUAUUGCCAAAACUCAAAAUAUUCCCAGUUAAUGCUUCUACAGUGCGAGCAACUGAAAUAUUGUAAAAACACAUUAUUCACAAAGGACUUAUUUUCUUGCCAGCAUUAGGCUUUAAGAUAUUUUUUUCAUGCCUUGUCUUUAUAAUCAAUAUUUUAAAAAUCUCAAUGUAAUUUUAUAACUGCCUGAUAAUAAACUGAAAACAGAAUCUCCUGAAUUUCCUCCUCAGAAAAGGCCCCCAAAGGGCCUUAGGAAAGGAGUGUUUGAUUGUUUCUGCAAACUUAUCAACGUACAAUUUAAGGAGUGGCAGUGGUGGACUCUUUCUAACAGCAUGGUGAAACAUUUUGUAAAACCAUAUACUCUUACAUAGACCCUGUAACCAAAAUCUUAAAUAAUUUCAUAGCACAUUUCUUAGUUCUUUUCUUGCUCUAAUCUGUCAUGUGGUAGCUUAAUCCUUAACAGACCUGUACUAAAAUUAUAAGAGCCAUUUCAUCUGCUUUUUAGAUGACUAAGAAUCACGGACAAUAAAUAAUGGAAAUCCUUUCUGGGUUUGUGAUUUUCAAAGGAAAAACUGCUGGGCUUUGGUAUCGUGUCUUUUCAUUGGCUCCCUAGUGUCUUGAGAAUCACGUCUAAACUAUUUGGUCCAGUAUUUUGCCGUCCGAAUCCACCUACUCGUCAUGCAUUCUCACAUUGUUGUCGUAAACUAUACCCUCCAGCCAAAGGUAGCUACUUCACUUCAUUAUAUUCAGAACUCUCCUCACUGUGUACACCUGGAUGCUCAUGCCUGUUCCACCAUGCCCACGUAGAAAAAUCCUAAGCAUCUUUUGAGGCCCAUCUCAUCUGUCACUCUUUCUUAACGUCAUCCUUUAGAUCUUCUCCAAAAAUCUG